AUGCCCCAAAACAUAUUUGGAUCAAUGUUGGACCAUCCUAGCAAGUGUGGCAACCGGUUCCGGUUCUGGCCACCCUCGGAACCGGUUCCACGAGUGGUUCCAAUUGUAAACAAACACUUUGGUGGGUCCGGUGGUGCUGGUGAUUCUAGGACGCAAAGCAAAGCCGACGGUGGCAGCAGCCAGGAAUCGGACGCGGAAACCUUCGUGAGCCAAACAGCAGCAGCGGAACGCCUUCGAAGGAGGGUGGUGCGGGUGCGGGACGAGGUGAAGUGCUCAAAAAGGGCAAGGCGAGCUUCCUGCAGGAACUGCAGCUGUUCCACGGCCGGAAUGGGAUGGGAGGUAGGAAUGUGGAUUCGCACCGGUUGUAUUCGGUGGUGGUGGCCCGGGAUUGGUGAUUGAAGGUCAAUUCCCGCGAGGACUGUAACGAGAUCAUCGAGGAGAUGGUGCUGCCGAAGAGUUGCGUUAACAACGAGAUUGCAAUGAAGACGAUAAACAUACGGUUUUUGGACAAGUACGAGACAGGUGAUUUUUACGGUGAGGAGAAGGAGCCGACGAAGAGGAGGACGAGAAGCGAGAUAAUCGGAGGUAGCCAGAGCGGAUGUUGCACUCGGUGCCGGCGGUUUACAACACCUGUGACCCUGUGAGUAAUGAGAAUGUGUACAGUGGCUUGCCAACUUCACUUACUUCCAUCUCUUUUUUCUAACUUGUCGUACGUGCAUUUUGGGCCAAAUUG